CGUCUGAGAGUCUGAAUCUUAACAGCAGCUCGUUCACAUGCGUCGGCUCCCAUCCUGCUCUGCGGCGUCCUGCAGAGUGCAGCACACAAACACAUAUCCCUCCUGUGGAGCCAGUGUGUUUCACCAACGUGACCAGCGACAGGCAGUAUCUGAGGCUGUCCUGCUCCUGGGAUGGGGGGGUACCCAAAGCCCUGGUGUGGUGGGAAGGGCCGGAGGACCAAAGCAAGGGGGGGACAAGAAAACUCCAACACCCUGGUCCUCCGCUACGGGGCCGCCCUCAGCGGGAAACCCUACACCUGCUACGCCAAACACCCACUUCUGGCUGCAGCAAAGACCUGCAGGAUCACACUGGUUUCCGUCAGUAAGCCGAACCUCCUGAUGAGUGAUGCAUCCCCAAAGGAGGGAUCUACAAUCCGGAUGCACUGCAACGUAGAGAAGGGGACUGAGCCGAUUCAUUACGUGUGGCAGCAUCAACCUCAUAAUGGCAGCUUCGUGACGUUCGGAGAGGGUAGCAGCGGCUUCAUUAACGUGACAAACGUCGUCCGUAACCAGACUGGCUGGUACCGCUGCGUUGCAGGCAACGCCGUCAACAGCGAGAGCUCAGAGCAAUUAUGGCUCAACGUCACAUUCGGUCCAGAUGCUCCUCGGAUUGACGUGGCUCCCUCCAGCGUCGUGCAGCGGGGAUACGCAGCACUGGAGAACGAGACGGUUUCACUGAUGUGCCUGGCCCAGUCCAAUCCAGCCAGCCAAUACGUCUGGUUCCACAAUGACUCUGAAGUGUACACUGGGCCCCAGCUCACCAUCACCAAGAUCCUGCGUGCACACGCUGGUGACUACACCUGUGUGGGACAAAACUCCUACCUGAACACGCGGUCCAGGAAAACCAUCACCAUGACUGUUCACUAUCCACCUGACGGCUCCCCCGUCUGCUCUGUGGAGCCGGCCCUGAAUCACACCUCGCUGAGGCUGCUCUGCUCCUGGCCCGGUGGAUUCCCCUCCCCGUCCCUCCACUGGACAGGAGACCUGAUCCCUGCAGGACAACAACAGCUCAACAAAGAACCACAAACAAGUCCAUCCAGCUCAAAUAUCCUGCUGCCCUCUGGAGGUUUGACUCCUAACAGCAGCUUGUUUACGUGUCAUGGCUCCCACCCUGCUCUGAAGCAACAGACAGAGUGCAGCACACGCACCAAGACACCGUCAGCAGAGCCCGUGUGUUUCUCCAAUGUGACGAACGACAAACAGUUUCUGAUCCUGUCCUGCUCCUGGGAAGGAGGGGUCCCAAAAGCCUUGCUGUGGUGGAAGGGCCCAGGUGGUCAGGGCAAAGACGGAGAAGAGAGCGCUAAUGUCCUGAUUGUUCGUCACAGCACCUUUCAGUAUGGGAAGCCCUACAUGUGCUAUGCCAAACAUCCACUUCUGGUCCAGACCAAAACCUGCGGGCUUACGCUGGUGCCUGUGAGUAAACCAUCCCUUCUGAUAAGAGACCCAUCCCCAGUGGAAGGAUCUACAGUAGAGAUGCGAUGUAACGUAGAAAAUGGGACUGGACCUAUCCGGUACGUGUGGCAGCAGGAGAUUCAAAGAGGCAACAUCACAAUUUUUGCCCAGGGCAGCAACAGCAGCAUCAUCACCCUGACCAACGUUAACCGGAGCUACAGUGGCCGGUACCGCUGUGUAGGCAGCAACUUCAUCAAUACUGAGAGCUCUGACUGGGUGUUUCUGGAUAUCAUCUUUGGUCCAGAUGUUCCUGAGAUAGACGUAACUCCACACAGCAUAACCGAUCGAGGGUUCUCCGCUCUGGAAACUGAGUCUGUGUUGUUGUCAUGUCAAGCCCCGUCCAAUCCAGCCAGUCAGUACAUUUGGUACUACAACAACUCCCAGGUGUACACUGGGCCGCAGUACACUAUUGCCAAGGUCUUUCGUGCACACACUGGUGACUACACCUGCUUGGCGCAGAACACCCGCCUGAAUACCCGCUCCAAAAAAACAGUCAACCUCAUUGUCUUCUACCCUCCACCCGGGCUCCCCUCCUGCUCUCUGGAACCAGCUCAGAAUCACACUUCUCUAAGGCUUCUCUGCUCCUGGUCGGGUGGAUUCCCUUCUCCGUCCCUCCGCUGGACUGGGGAAGCAAUAAAAGCGGGUCAAGAACAAGAGGAAACAGGACAGCAGUGGAGCGUACAAAGCAGUGCUCCCCUCUUGUUGCCCUCUGAAGGCCUGAUUCCAAACAACAGCUUGUUCACAUGCGUCGGAGAACAUCCUGCGAGAAAACAGCUGGCAGAAUGCAGCACACGCACAUAUAUCCCCCCUGCAGAACCGCUGUGCUUCGCCUACGUCACAAACAAUCAGCAAUAUCUCAUGCUGUCCUGCUCCUGGGAUGGAGGGGCCCCAAAGGCCUUGGUGUGGUGGGAGGGACCAGGGGGCCAAAGCAAAGGAGGACAAGAAAACUCCAACAUCCUGGUCCUCCGUUAUGGGGCCGCCCGAAGCGGGAAACCCUACACCUGCUACGCUAAGCACCCGCUUCUGAUGGAAGCAAAGAGCUGCACGCUCACACUCGAGGCCCCCGUCCUGUUGACGCAGCGCAGAGUCGUGUCUGUGUACGAAGGGAGUGACGUGCAGCUCACCUGCAAUCUGAGAGCCAAUUACCUUCCAGCCAACGACAUCACCUGGUUCAACAAUCAGGGCGUGGACGUCCGAGAAACCUCAAAGUACAUGCUGCUGCGAACGUCCGCCUGGGCCAACCUGACCGUGAGAGACGCCGAAGAGACGCAGGACAGCGGCGAGUACAGAUGCUCCACUUCCAACGCGGUGGGAGGCGCUGAAGUCAACGUCACUCUGGUGGUCAAGAAACACCCAGCGCCGCCCAAUGCAACCCUGAUCAGAGCGAUGUACAACAGCCGCCAUCGUAACGAGGUGGAGCUGGAGUGGCAGGUAGAGGAUGUGGAGGAGAACGGAGGUUGGACUGGUUUCCACCUGGAGCAGCGGUGGGUGUCCGAGCGACCUAAUAGGAGAGGAAGCAGCAAUGAACCACAGGUGCAGAUGGAGGAGAGGGCCGGUCCCCAAGACUGGUCCCGUAUGGUCAUCCAGGAUCCAAGCAUCAGGAGUUACACAGUUCGAGGGCUGAUCCCAACUGCUACCUACCAGUUCCGCGUAAUAUCCAUCAACCACCGCACCAUCGGACACCCCUCAGUCGCCAAGACUCCAGUGGAACUGCGUGACAACGUGUACCCGGCUGUGGUUGGAGCCGCUGUCGGUGGGAUGCUCUUUGCAGCCAUUCCUACUGUGCUGCUGCUUGUGUACAUCAUACGGAACCACAAAAGCAGUCCUCGACUACGUGCAAUGCUGUUUGGCCGGCAACACAGUCAGUCCAGGGAAAACAUUAAUUUCCCAGAGGAUGAGGCGGUUGCAGGUUCAGACGGUGGACUACAGAACACUACUGGAUCACCGAGUCCAGGUAUGGCAGAACCAAAAGUGUCAUCUCUUCCCACCGCUUCAUCCCCGUCACACAUCGGCCAGGAUCUCCCACUGCAGACGUAACGAGCCCCUUACCGCCAUCUUCUUUAAGGCUGGAGGAUUAUCUUAUGAACCCAAAUCGUUUGGCUAUAACUAAAACCCAUAUUUAUUUUUAUAGCCUGUACAACGUUUUUUUUUAAUGACACCAAGGGCUUUUAUUAAUGUGUGAGCAAUUUAAAUUUAUAAUCUGUUUAGGUAGUGAUGAAGAUUGAUUUUUGAGCUAACUUUUCCACAGCUAAAGAACAAAGCCAGAAAAAACAAAGCUAUAUGUCUGAAUGUCACAAUAAUUUUAAGCAAUAAAUUACAUGCUGAAAUAAGGUGUGUUUUUUUUUAAAUACAAAAGUGUUUGCUAUCUUUACAAACAUAUACAGAUACAGAUACAAACAUAUCUCCAGAAAGUGUAAUGUUGUCCAUGCUAUCCAGGCACUCUACUGACUCUUAGCUCUACAGAAUGCACUCUUGGUAUUUUACAUUAGAUGUUUUUUUUUUCAUUGCAUCACUAGAAACACAAUUUUCUCUAUUGCAUCUGUAGAAUCACAAUGUAAUAAGGAAGAACCUCCUCCAUCUUCAAACUAAUGUUUUUUACAGAUUAAAGCUGUGCCUGUAUGCUGUCUUUAUCUUGCCACCCCCUCGCUGUACCCGAGUUCCCUCUUUGUCCUUCUUCUUGAGAUUUGAUGGCGGUUGGUAAAAUUCUUUUAGUGCAACCCCUCUGUGUCCUGUAAGUGUUGACUUCAUUAAAUUUAUCCAUUCAACAUGACACCAUGCUAUGUGUUAAUUAAGUUUCAGGCACCACACCUGCGAGCUUGCCUCUUGUGGUGUUCCAGACAUAGAAAUAAGUGAACCAUUAAGUUUGGGGUUGGUAGAUACCUUUGGGUCUGAUGAUGCUCCUAUGUGGUGGAGAAUGUUGAGGUUGUUAAGUAUGUAAAUAGAGGAAAUAUAACAGUUCACCUAUAGGGGCCGCUGUGUAAAGAAGAAGGGCAGGGCUGUUGGAUGAAAAAUAAAGUUGCCGUGUGUUCUUUCCAGUAA